AUGCUACAGUGUUUUUGCUCCCUACAACCCACUCCAGCCUCCAUAACCAAAUUUAUAUCAGAUCAACCACACCUCUCUCUACUAGAAAACAACUGCACCACCAUGAAAGACCUCAAAAAACUUCAUGCCCAACUUAUCAAAACUGGUCUUGUCAAUGACAUCAUAGCAGCUAGCCGUGUCCUGGCCUUCUCUUCAUCUCCAGCAGGUGACAUUAACUAUGCUUACUUGGUCUUUUCUCGAAUAAAAAAUCCAAAUCUCUUCACUUGGAAUACUAUCAUUAGAGGCUUCUCCCAAAGCUCUAAUCCAGAAAUUGCAAUCUCUCUUCUCAUUUACAUGUUAGUAGAUUCCUCUGUACAACCAGGAAGGCUAACUUAUCCUUCAGUGUUUAAGGCCUAUGCUCAACUUGGUCUAGCCUGUGAUGGGAAACAGCUUCAUGGGAGAGUUAUAAAACUGGGCCUUGACUGUGAUUUAUUUAUACGAAACACUAUCAUUUACAUGUAUGCAAAUUGUAGCCUUCUGAGUGAAGCUUGGCGAAUGUUUGAUGAAGAAUUGGAACUUGACAUUGUUGCGUGGAAUUCCAUGGUUUUAGGGCUUGCAAAAUGUGGAGAGAUUGAUGAGUCUAGGAGACUGUUUAAUAAAAUGGUGUCGAGAAAUACUGUUUCAUGGAAUACUAUGAUUAGUGGUUAUGUUAGGAAUGGUAAGUUUUUGGAAGCAUUGGAGCUUUUUCAAGAAAUGCAAGAGGAUGAUGUUCGGCCUAGUGAAUUUACAAUGGUCAGCUUGCUGAAUGCUUGUGCUUGCUUGGGAGCAAUUACACAAGGAAAAUGGAUUCAUGAUUAUGUACUAAAUCAUAAUUUUGAGUUGAAUGGCUUUGUUGUUACUGCAAUUAUAGACAUGUAUUGCAAGUGUGGCAAUGUUGAAGAGGCUCUAAAAGUUUUUAGAACAUCUCCCAAGGAAAGGUUAUCAUGUUGGAACGCCAUGAUCUUAGGCCUAGCUACCAAUGGAUGUGAAGAAGAAGCAAUUCAAUUGUUUUCUAAGCUAGAGUCUUUGAGUCUCAAACCAGACAACGUCAGUUUCAUUGGUGUCCUAAUGGCUUGUAAUCAUGCGGGGAUGGUGGAUAAAGCAAAAGAUUAUUUCUCAUUGAUGGCAGAAAAAUACCAAAUCAAACCAACCAUUAAGCACUAUAGUUGCAUGGUUGAUGUGCUAGGUAAUGCUGGACUCCUUGAAGAGGCAGAACAGCUAAUAAGAAGUAUGCCCAUUAAAGAAGAUGCCAUUAUAUGGGGGUCUUUGCUCUCUGCAUGCAGGAAGCAUGGAAAUGUUGAGAUGGCAAAAAGGGCAGCAAAGCAUGUUAUUGAACUUGAUCCAGCUGAAAGCUCUGGAUAUGUACUUAUGUCUAAUGUUUAUGCCGCAACUAGGCAAUUUGAGGAAGCAAUCAAGCAAAGGCUUUCAAUGAAAGAGAAACAAUUAGAGAAAGAACCAGGGUGUAGUCUGAUUGAAGUAAAUGGUGAAGUCCAUGAGUUUGUUUCUGGUGGAAGGCUGCACCCUCAAGCAAAGGAGAUAUACUCUGUAUUGAAUGACUUGAAACUCAUGUUACAGUAGAAUGAAUGAGAUUGAAACUUAGGAUUAUUAAGUCAUACCUUGUUGGCAGCCUUUUUAUGGAUUACAAAUUGUUGAUUCCUAUCAGA